GGUGACGUCACCCACCCUCCAGUCUUUCUCUGUCAAAGUUUAUAAGUUCUGUUGUUAAGAAAUGGCCACUCGCCUGUUUGAGGAUAAAGAUCACGCUGCUUUCUAUAAGAAAUACAGGCUCUCGCUUCAGGAGAAUUUGCGAGCCGUGAUCGUCGCGUUCCUAGAGAAAAAGGUGAAGUGCUUCCAGCUGGGAGUGGAUGUGGGAUGCGGCUCAGGUCAAAAUACUGUCCUGUUGGCCAAGUAUUUUGAAAACGUGGUUGGAACAGAUGUAAGUGAAGCUCAGAUUGAGGAAGCUAAGCGAGCAGCACACCCUCUCAAUGUCUCAUAUCUUGCACGUCCUGCAGAGGAGUUGCCUUUUGAGGAUAACUCUGUAGAUCUCAUCACAGCCUUUAGCGCUGUGCACUGGUUUGAUGUCCCCCGCUUCAUAAAGGAAAUGGACCGGAUUCUCAAACCAUCUGGCUGCUUUAUCUUGUGUUCCAACACCCUCGAUAUGGAGUGGCACUAUGGAGAUCAGUCUGAGAAGCUAACAGAGAUCUUCAAGGAGGUUCAAGCCCAACUUCUUCCUUAUACACAUGAAAGGGUCAAAUAUGUUUCGGAUGACUAUAAAGCAAUAUUUGAUGCUCUGCCCUUCGAGGAUAAGGAAAGAAUCACAGAUAUUGUAGAUAAAGUUCCCAAAAGUGUCUCUGAAUUACUGGGAUAUCUCCAGUCCUUUUCUAUGUACCACUGUUUGCUAAAAGCCCAGCCUGAGGCAGCCAAAUCUCUCAUUCAGAAUACUGAACAAAGAAUUCUGGAGACAAUGGGAGUUUCUUCACCUGAAACCAUGCUGGAGAUUUGGACUCGACAAGUUUGCAUUCUGGGUAGCAAGAGCUGUAAAAAGUAAUUUUGGCCUGCUUGGGGGGUGUUCCAGCAGGAUAAAAAACCAACCUAUUUCAGUGCCAAGCUUUAGUACAAUGAUUACUACUUUUGAACAGCUUUCCCACAAAAGCAAUGCCCUAUUUAUUUCUGAGAGGAAUGGAAAGCAAAUGUAAAGUUAAGUAAACAUUAAAAAAUGAAAGAGCAGAAGGUGAGGUAAAAGGAACAUUGGACUUUAAAGAGCUAUUCAGAUUUCUACCCAUAACACUCACAAGAGUUACCUUGAGCUAAUUAUUGACUAGGUUUAAUUUACUAAUUAAACUAGACUGGGAGUUGAUUUCCAUGCCUUUUAAAGUUGCUCUAAGAUUGAGAAACAGUAGACUGUUGUGUAACACACCGCAUGUGACUCAGCAACUGCAGUUUGUCAAACAUGGCAGUCCACCA